AGAUGAACGAACCUACAAGCAGGUGCUGAAACGUGCUGGAACUGACUGAGUUGAUUCUCCAACGUUGAGGUAGUAGAGCUCAUCCUAGAGAAGAGCCGUUGAGAAAUGUCAAAAGUGAAGGACCUGAAGCAGCCUGUCGUUCCGCGGAUCGACAUCGACAAGGCACUCACGAGCCAAAAGAAGACAAAAUCCAAGCACAAGCUGCUCAGCAACGACAAGGGAGAGGGCACGAAGGCCUCUGCCGACAAGGAGAAGAAGGCACAGGCCAUCAUCCCGGAUAUUGUGAAGAAGCAGGAGGAAAGGCAGAGUGAUGCCGCCCAGCAAGAGUCCAUGAGGAAGCGAGAGAAGCUCAAGGAGGCGCUGAUCAAGAAGCUCAUGUCCAAGUACCAGCCGGGGAUCAAAGACUCCAAGACUGAGCAGCUCAUCCGCUCGGAAGUCGACCGCCUCCUCUCCAAGCCCAAGGUCGCCGAGAAGGACCUGCAGGAGGUCGAGAACAAAGUGCGGAAGCAGUCCAACGAGGAGAUCUCGUGGAUCACCUCCAACCCCUUCAAGAGGGUCACCGUCUUCCGGGCUGGAGCCAACGACGAGUGGGCGCUGAUGAACGCCAAGGUGGUAGAGGCAGGGUUGACUGAGGAGCAGCGAGCACAGGAGGAUCAGAAGAGGCGCAAAGACAACUUCCGUAGAAUGCUAGACGAGCAAAUCUCUGAGCAGAAUGCCCGGAGACAGGCAGAUAGGGAGGCGAGAAUGAGAGAGAGCGGGCAAGUCGUGGCAGAUGUUCAAGCGUACAUCCAAGCCAUGGACAAGAAGAAAGCAGAACAGACGAUCCUCUUUGAAAAGUUGAGGAGGGCGCGGGAGGAGGAAGUUGAAGCUGUUAGGAAGCGACAAGAGCGCCUAGAGCAGCAGAAGAAGGAAGAGGAGAGGAGGGAGAUUGAGCGAGUAGGCCCUCGUCCUGGAGGCUCAUCGGUAAAGAAACAGCAGCAGGAGGAGAUGGAAAAGAACCAGAUGAAGCGAAAGGAGGCGCAAGAGAAACUGAAGUUGUGGAAACUUGAGAACGACAAGAAUUUGCAGUUGAAAGAAGAGAUCAAGCAGAAGCAGAUGCAGGAGGACAUGGAGUUCGCCCGAAAGGCUCAAAGAGCGCUGGACGAGAAGGAGGAGAAGCGUCUUGAGGAGCUCAGGAAGCUGGCAGAGAAGAUGAAAGCAAGGGAACGAUACGGGCAGGAGCUUGGGGAGAAACUCGACGCCAGGGCGAGAGAGGAUGAAGCUCGAAUGCUCAAGAUCCAGGAGGAGGCGAGAUUGCGAGCCGAGGCCCAGCACCAGGAGAGGAUCAAGAGAGAACAUCAGAAGAAGAUUGAGAUAAAAGAGACGCUAGAUCGGCAGGUUGAGGAAAUGAACCGGAGGAAGGAGGUAGAGAAGCAUCUCAUCGCCAGGCAGUCAGAAAUCUUCCGGCAGCAGGCGCAAGAGGCUGCCAUGGACGAGCAGAGGCGGCUGCAGGCGAGGAAGAGGGACCAGGAGAUCUACCGGAUGCAGCUGGAGGAUCAGCUGAGAUUGGACGCGAAGCUGAGACCAGCUCGAGACCUGAUGAUGACGGAGGUGGAGAAGAAGCUGAACAGAAACUUUCGACAGCCUUGAGGGGGUCGAGGGUGGUAGAACAGUAAAUGAUCUUAAAGUAAUUUGAAUGAAAAAGUCGAACCU